AUGCCCUGUCCCAACCCCUUUAAUGUCUCGUCAACCCCCGAAUUCCGCUCGGGGGCGGUGGGAGGGCCCCGCCUGCUGGCCCUGCCGCUGCCGAACUUCUAUUUCGCUUUCCUGGCUGUAAUGGUUGCAAUGUGUGCUGCAGCCCCUCAGCAAAGCGUCAAGUGCAGAGAUAAUUCUGGUUGUCCUGACAAUGAGGCGUGCAUUGACUCCAUUUGCACGACUCCUUGUUGGUACGGUUGUCCUGCAGAUGUACGGUGUAUCGUUCAAAAUCAUCGUGCCAAAUGCAUAUUUGGAUAAAUAUAUUGUCCAGCCUCAGUAUAAACUUUUAAAACAAUUAUUAUAAAAUUGUGAUUAUGGUAAUAA